CUGUGUUGUUUAAAUAAUCGUUCUCUUGGUUUCUCAGAUAAUGGGUCAGGGAAGUCCUGGUGGUUUGAACAAGCAAGGUAUGCCCGGCGAUAGGAAGCAUGAUGGUGAUAAGAAGGAGAAGAAAUUUGAGCCUGCGGCUCCACCCAUCCGUGUAGGCCGCAAGCAGCGUAAGCAAAAGGGCCCUGAAGCUGCUGCUCGUCUUCCUGUUGUCACCCCUCUCACAAAAUGUAAGCUUAGGCUCUUAAAGCUAGAGCGGAUCAAAGACUAUCUCCUCAUGGAGGAGGAGUUUGUUGCCAACCAGGAGAGGUUGAAGCCACAGGAGGAUAAAAAUGAAGAGGACCGUUCUAAGGUUGAUGACCUACGUGGUUCUCCAAUGAGUGUUGGCAACCUUGAAGAGCUCAUUGAUGAGAAUCAUGCCAUUGUCUCUUCUUCAGUGGGACCAGAAUACUAUGUUGGGAUACUCUCCUUUGUUGAUAAGGACCAGCUUGAGCCAGGCUGUGCUAUUCUCAUGCACAACAAGGUUUUGUCUGUUGUGGGACUUCUUCAGGAUGAAGUUGAUCCAAUGGUCUCGGUGAUGAAAGUUGAGAAAGCUCCAUUGGAGUCAUAUGCUGAUAUUGGUGGAUUAGAUGCCCAAAUACAAGAAAUUAAAGAAGCAGUUGAACUUCCUCUUACUCAUCCUGAAUUGUAUGAAGACAUUGGUAUUAAGCCUCCCAAAGGAGUCAUACUCUAUGGUGAACCUGGAACGGGCAAGACAUUACUUGCUAAGGCCGUUGCAAACUCAACAUCAGCAACAUUCUUGCGUGUUGUUGGAAGUGAAUUAAUUCAGAAGUACUUGGGAGAUGGUCCGAAAUUAGUCAGGGAACUCUUCAGAGUUGCUGAUGAUCUUUCACCAUCUAUUGUCUUCAUUGAUGAAAUUGAUGCAGUUGGGACCAAAAGGUAUGAUGCCCAUUCGGGUGGUGAACGUGAGAUUCAGAGAACCAUGUUGGAAUUGCUGAACCAGUUAGAUGGUUUUGAUUCUAGAGGAGAUGUCAAAGUGAUCCUUGCAACAAACAAAAUCGAAAGUCUUGAUCCUGCACUGCUUCGCCCUGGGCGUAUAGAUAGGAAGAUCGAAUUUCCACUUCCUGAUAUUAAAACAAGGAGGCGUAUCUUCCAGAUACACACUUCAAGGAUGACUUUGGCUGAUGAUGUCAACUUAGAAGAGUUUGUGAUGACUAAAGAUGAGUUUUCUGGAGCUGAUAUCAAGGCAAUCUGUACCGAAGCUGGCUUGCUUGCUUUGAGAGAGCGACGUAUGAAGGUGACACAUCCAGAUUUCAAGAAGGCUAAAGACAAGGUGAUGUUCAAGAAAAAGGAAGGGGUGCCAGAAGGACUCUAUAUGUAAGCCCACCAGUCGAUGGACUUUGGUGUUGUCUACAUGUACUGCUGUGCCUUUGAGGGUUACAUUUCAUGAUGGGCUAUUUCAAUUAGUUCCCGAAUGUUUGUCUCUUAAUACAAGAAGAUGGUCAUCUUUCUCUUAACACCCAUGAUGCUCAUUUAGUUUCGUGGACUACCUUUUAGAGAACCACAUCAUGCACUAUUUUGCUUGCAAACCAAUCUGAUUUAUGGUUACUCCCAUGAUAUGCUUAUAUAGUUUCGUGGACUGC